AUGGCAAGUGGCUCGGGAAGUCAUGGUCAGACAACUAACUAUGUUCUAAGCACAGGUAUACGAAAAUAUUUAAAGGCAAAUAGGAACGAGAAAACUGGACAACCACUUGCAACUGGGAACGGGGAAACUGGCCAACCACGUAUGCAGUUAAAUCGGGCAGGUGGCUGGGAAAUCAUUUUUGGACACCUGUGCACUAAGUCAGGUACGCACAAAUAUCUAAAGGCAACUGAGAAUGGUGAAAUUGGCCAACCACCUGUGCAGUCAAAUCGCGUAGGAGGCUGGGGAAACCAUGGGUUGGACAACUAA